AAAAAUGGUGAAAGUAUUUAUUGUUGUUGUUGUUUUAGCAGUGUUAAUUGGGUCAUUAGAAGCAAAUGAUUGUGAUUUAUUUGAAGGGAAUUGGAUUAUUGAUAAUUCAUAUCCAUUGUAUAAUUCAACAGCUUGUCCAUUCAUAAGGAAGGAAUUUGAUUGCAUCAAAUUUGGAAGAACAAAUCUUGAUUACCUCAAAUAUAGAUGGCAGCCCAAUAAUGGAUGUGUCUUGCCCAGAUUUGAUGGCAAAGAUUUUUUGGAAAAAUUCAAAGGAAAGAAAAUAAUGUAUAUUGGGGAUUCAUUGAGUCUUAACAAUUUUGAAUCCCUUUUGUGUUUGGUUCAUGCUGCUGUCCCACAAGCAAAAUUCAAACAAGUAAUACUUAAAGAAAAUGUCACUGUCACAUUUCUGGAUUAUGGAGUUGAAAUAGUACUAUUCCAUUCGAACCUUUUAGUAGAUAUUGAAGUUGAAAAGGUGGGACGUGUGUUGAAACUCAAUUCAAUUAAAAAUGGACAGAUUUGGAAGAAAUUUGACCUUUUGAUAUUCAAUACUUGGCUUUGGUAUACAAGAAGAUCACCUGGACAACAGUGGGAUUUUGUUGAACUUGAUGGGAAAAUAUCGAAAGAUAUGGACCGGGUCGAAGCUUUCCGGGCUGGGCUAACAACAUGGGCCAAAUGGGUUGAAACAGAUGUGGAUACAACAAAAACCGAAGUUUUCUUUCAAGGAACAUCUCCAGCCCAUUACCAUGGAUCAGAUUGGGGUGAACCUUCUGUGAAUAAUUGCUUGAAUGAAACAAGACCAGUGAAUGGAUCAACAUACCCAAGUGGAUUACCAAUUGCUGUGGACAUAGUGAACCAAGUAUUAAAGAAUAUGACAAAGCCAGGAUUAGUAAAGUUACUUGACAUAACAAAGUUGUCACAACUAAGAAAAGAUGGACAUCCUAGCCAAUACAAUGGCUUAAAAGGCAUGGAUUGUACUCAUUGGUGCCUUGCUGGAGUUCCUGAUACUUGGAAUCAAAUUCUUUAUGCUUCUCUCCUUUAAUUAAUUAAAACAAAUAGAUUUUGUUAGCAUAUAGAGGAAUAAAAAU